AUGUCCCUUGUCAAGGGUACCAUGUCACCUUUUGGUCUCAAGGUCAACAACGGGAUCAGGCUCAAGGUCGACCGAUGCAAGAUCAGUAACAAACGGCUCAACAAGACAAGGGUACGGGGAAUGUUCCUUGUCAAGGGUACCAUGUUUGCCUUCAGGCUCAAGGUCACCAGAGACAAGAGGCUCAGCAAGACGAGGGUAUUGAGUGUGUUCCUCAUCAGGGGUGAGACGUUUGGCAUGAUGACUAUUCCAUUGCCUAGUAUUGGACAAAGAUGGAUAGAAAAUAGAAUCUAG